CAACGACACUCCGACCGCAAAGCAGCCUGGGUGCAAAGGCUGUUGUAAACAUGGCGGCCGCAGUGGGGAGAGUUCUGUCCUUCAGUAGAAAUGCUAAGGUGCUUGUCUCACCUUUGAGGCUGUCUGCUGUGCCUGUUCACCGCUACAGUGUCGAGGUGUCCAGCACCGGAGAGCCCGUCACUCACACCGGACAGGUGUAUGAUGAAAACGAUCACAGGAGAGCCAGAUUCACUGGCAGACACAAAGAGGUGAAUCAGAACUUUGCCAUCAAACUGGUGGCGGAGGAGCCAGUGACUGACAUUGAGGCCAGAGUGGUGUCCUGUGAUGGAGGUGGAGGAGCCCUGGGUCAUCCCAAAGUCUACAUCAACCUGGACAAAGACACAAAAGUGGGCACAUGUGGCUACUGUGGAUUACAGUUCAAGCAGAAGCAUCAUCACUGAAACAUUCUCUGUCUCUGCUCCUCUGUGUAAAUCGCCAUAUUGGUUAAUAAAUUAUAUGUUGUCUGUC